AGGGAUAUUAAAAGCAUUGAUGUGAUUGCAGGAAUUAAUCCCUCCUCCGUGUGCACUUUUCGCUCCACUAAAGUUCAAGUGGAACUUUAAAUGUCUAUCUCAUCUUCAUGUUUAAAAAUACACGAUAAUAAUUCAAGUAAGAGGUAGAUUAGGAGAAGGAAGUUAAAGAAUUAACUAAAAGGAAAAUACUCAGAUGAAGAGCUUUGUGGGAUGGUACCCUAUUUUUAUUAUGGUGGCAAUCGAUUUUGCUUUUGCCAUUAGUAACAUACUUCUCAAGAAGAUUAUACUGGAUGGCAUGAACCCUUUGGUCUUCAUAACUUAUCGGCAGGCCAUUUCAACCAUUUUUUUAGCCCCAGUUGCCUUCUUUCUGGAAAAGAACAACAGACCAAAACUCACUCCUCAAAUCUUGUGUAGCCUUUUUUUGAGUGCCAUUGUUGGGGCUUCUCUUACCCAAUACUUAUUCCUUCUUGGCAUGGAAUACACAUCUGCAACUUUCUCAUGUGCCUUUCUCAACAUGGUUCCCGUGAUCACAUUUCUUAUGGCAUUACCUUUUGGUUUAGAGACUAUCAACAUCAAACACGGAAGUGGAAUAGCCAAAGCAUUUGGAACACUAAUAUGCGUUGGAGGUGCCUUCAUACUGACUUUUUACAAAGGUAUCCCUUUGGUUCAUUUUUCAGACCAACAAGCUGUAUCUCCAUCCUCGGAAGGAGCCAUUAGUUCCUCGAAUAUAAAGGAAAGAUGGAUCCUUGGUUCUCUGGCCUUGUUUGCUGGGACGCUUUUGUGGUCAUCAUGGUUCCUUCUCCAAUCUUUUAUUGGAAAGAAAUAUCCAUGCAAGUACUCUAGCACUGUUACUAUGACCUUCUUUAGUGCCAUACAAUCAGCUGUCUUGACUUUUUCCAUUGACAGAAGACUAUCCAUUUGGAUUCCAAAGGAAAAGAUAGAUAUGCUGAGUAUCCUCUAUGCUGGAUUAAUAGGUUCAGGAAUGUGCUAUGUGGGAAUGUCAUGGUGUGUCAAGAAGAGGGGUCCAGUCUUCACUGCAGCAUUCAGUCCUCUUGUCCAAGUUAUGGCAGCCAUGUUCGACGUUCCCAUUCUGCACGAACAACUCCAUCUUGGGAGUGUAAUUGGAUCGGCUAUUGUAAUUGCUGGUUUAUACUUCCUGCUUUGGGGCAAGAACAGAGGCAUGCAAAAAGUUGUCCAUGAAACUGAAGAGAAAAAAGAGAAGGAGCUACCCAUCAAAGAUCUAGAAACCAAUUCUGAAUCCAGGAUCCCUUGAUAUUAACUUAAUCGAUCUAGAAGUAUUUCAAUAUGUGUUCCUCAUGAACUGAGGUUUCUUUGUUAACCUUUUGUAAUAAAAAACUACACCAUUACCGUUUAUUUUUGUUCUUAGAGGAAAGAGCUUAUCAAAACUGUCAAGUUUAAGAUGUGUACUCAAAUGGGCUGCAGAUAAGAUGUUUUGCAACCAAAGGAGACUAAUAUGAGAGUAGCAGCACAGCAGAAAGAUCUGAUAAGAUGUUAUGAUUAUUAAAAAUAAUACACAUGUAACAUUUCUUUCUGAUAUAUCAUGAUAAGCAUAUUGAUCCUCA